CAUUAUUCUUUUUUUGUUUACAUACGUUUUACUUGUCACUACUAGAACUUAAAUUUCCAACAUACUGUUUUUAGUCUGUUUUAAUAGGAUAAAGGAUGUUCAAAACGGCCUUGUUGGUUGUCACCAAACCAUUGAGCCAGCUUCGUGCUCAUAUUCCAGAGUACUUGACUCAAAUAAACAGUCUUGUUUCUAAAACAGCAUAUGUUCAUAUACACCCAUUUGAUUUACCUGUUUCGAAAGCUGAACUGUUGACAGCUCCUUACUCAAAAGAAGUAAGAAAUAUCAUCAAGGAUUUUUAUACCACCAGCUCAAAAACUUGUUCAAAUAUUGAUGUAAGAGUUCUUGUUGGUCAUUUAACCAAUGAUGGCAAAGCUAUUGAGAAAUACACGUUCAGGGAACCUUGUGAUGUAGUUUUGAUUGAUAGAAAAAUUGUUGAUGACAAAGUGUCUGACUUUGUCAAGAGUUUACAGCCAAACUUUAGCCUGACAUCAGAUGUUUCAUUCAAAACUGUUGAAGACAAUGCAGCAAAUGAUGAUGAGCCAGAUUCCAAAAGAAAGCGGCCGAAUACUCCUGAAGAUGCAAAACCAUUGAAGCAGUACAGUCACACAGUGGUCGGAGGAACCUAUGACCGACUACAUGUAGGACACAAACUCUUGCUGUCUGAAGCUUGUGCUCUUGCCACAGAAAAACUGACGGUUGGCGUAACAACUGGACCAAUGCUCAAUAGUAAAGUACUGAAUGAAUUAAUUCAGCCAACAGAUACAAGAAUAGACAUAGUGAAACAGUUCCUUCAAGAAGUCAAACCCAGCUUGGAAUAUUCAAUGUAUGCAAUUACGGAUGGCUUUGGUCCCACAGUACCGGCAGAGUCUAACGAUGACAUGAAAGAUUCUUCUACAAUGGAGCUGAUUGUUUUAAGCCAGGAGACAGUGAAGGGAGGGGAAAUGAUCAAUGCAGAGAGAAAGAAAAUGGGUCUGAAUGAGCUGGAAGUGUACAAGAUAGACCUACUAGAAGACUCCUGUCAUUCACAGUAUGAAGAGGAGAAAGUCAGCUCGUCUUCACUCCGAAAACGCCUGCUAGGCACGCUCUUUCACCCUGUUCAGGUGAAGCCUAACAUUCCGACCAGGCCGUACAUACUUGGCUUGACUGGAGGAAUAGCCAGUGGCAAAUCGUCAGUGUGUAAAAGGUUGGAGGGACAGGGGGCACGCAUCGUCGACUGUGAUAAAUUGGGUCACCGCGCUUACGUCAAGGGUACCCCCGGUUUUGACAAAAUAGUUGAUGCAUUUGGAUCAGGGAUUGUCGGGGAUGAUGGUGAGGUCAACAGGCGAGCUCUGGGAACAAUAGUGUUCGGAAACAAGGAAGAACUCAACAAAUUAAACCAACUAGUUUGGCCAGAAAUUGCUCGCCUUGCACAAGAACAAAUCCAACAGUAUACCAAAGACGGUGCGGCCGUAGUGGUCCUUGACGCUGCCGUAUUACUGGAGGCAGGCUGGGACGACAUGUGCCACGAGGUGUGGACAACACUGGUGCCGAGGCAGGAGGCAAUCAAACGUCUAGUAGACCGGAACAAGAUGUCUGAAGAUGCAGCUGCCAAGCGUCUAGACUCUCAGAUCUCAAACAGUGACCGGGUUGCGCGCGCACACGUGAUUCUGUGUACAUUGUGGGAGUAUGAAUACACACAGAAGCAGGUGGAAACAGCUUGGAAACUGCUCACGGAAAGAUUACCUGUGUCACAUGAGGGAAACACAACUGUGGCUAAAUCAAAUAUAUAAACUGAUAAAAACGAGGAUGUUUCAAUCAUAAAUGUGAUGGGAUGUUUUGCGGUGCUUGACGCGGACGUGCUUUCAUAAAGAAAACGUGCCUGUUCAAUACAAUGUUCGUCAUUUUUGUCAAAGCCUUUGGGUCGUUGAAGUGCAAAACUCUUUAAUCUUGGUCAUAACACAGAAGCUGUUUUUAGGUAAACCGUUCAUCAUAAGGAGAUUGCAUGGAGGGGUUCGUGCAUUUUAGAUAUCAACAUCGAGAUUAGUUCUGUGUUUAACUUAUCUUGAUUAACCAUUAUAUUAUUUCUGCUAAGAGUACAUUAUUAUAUAAAUGGAAGGUAAUAAAUCAAACAAAAAAUAAUAAGAUAAUAUAGCUAUUUCAUAAAAAACAAACAUAAUGCCUAUAUAAAAAACUCUCGGUGAACAUUUUAAAUAAAAAAUCAAACAUAAGCUUUUGCAACUUAAAAAAUGAAAUUUGACCUGGCCCAAAUUUCUCGAAACUUCUUAAGUCCUUUAUAACUGGAUUAAGCUAAGCUCCCUAUUUUUCUUUGUCUUUCAUUGGUGUAAUAUUAACUUCUUUAAGAGUUAUAAGACUUUAAAUAGGAAUUACCUAUAUGAUUAUCACAAUAAUCAAUAUUUCAUUUACCAAAAUCACAUAUAAGUAUAUUUUUGUCUUAUAUAAAUAAGCUACUCAAGCUUGUUAAACUUCUUAAGUCCAUUAUAAAACGAUUAAGCUUAGCUCAAUAUUUUUGGUUUACAAUAAAUUGCGUAAUAUUAACUUCUUUUUAUAUUCUGGGUAGGAAUUAUCAUUACGGAAAGCACAUUAAACCAUUUUUUAUUUAUCAAGAUUCAAUUUAAGUAUGUAUUUUGGCUAAUUAAAAUAAGCUACUCAAGCCUUUUAAGCUUAAGAAGUUUCGAGAAAUUGGGGCCAGUAGCCUUUUUAUUUAUGAUGGAUGGCUUACAUUAACAUAUUCAAAUGAUGAUUGGCGCACAUGUAGGAGAGACAAUACGCGCAUGUAUAGCAAGUCUCAUAAAUCAGGCUUUAUUAAAAGCUGCACUCUCACAGAUUGACCGUUUUUACAACUUUGUUUAUUCGUUUUGUCAUAUCUUGGAAUGAGCAAAUUUGUGCGUAAAUAUCUGCCAACCAGUAAUAUAAGAUUGCUGACAAAAGAUCAGAUCGCAGAUUUCCACAUUUCCGUUCGAAAAUGUUUUAUGGCUUAAAGCGUUUCUAGCGGUUUAAGGAAAAUGCAUAAAACAUCAACUUUUGAACUUAAAUAUGUAAAUCUGCGAUCUGUUUUUUUAUCAGCAGUCUUAAAUAACUGGUUUCCAUGCAUUUCGCAUAAAUUUGCUAGUUUAAAGACAAAAAAAAUAUAUAUAUAUAUAUAAGUUGUCAAAACGUUUGAUCUGUGAGAGUGCAGCUUUAAUUAGUAUUGGGUGGUUUAAAAAUGCACUCUAACUCCCUAAAAAGAUUUGCCACCAUUAAUAACAUUGUUUUAAAAUUCCAAAAAGGUGAUUAAAUGCCAGGAAAUAAAAUGGUUAUUAUGAAUGAUACCGAGUUUAAUUUGAAAGAAAUGAGCAUAAAACACGGUAUUUCUACCUUAUUAGACUAUAGUAGAACACAGUUAAUAUUUUAGAAUUCACCAAUCAUUUAAUAUUUUAGCGCUUUCCGCUAUUACAUUCACGGUUACAAUCUUAUCAGUAGUUAAUAUUUUCCAUGUAUGCAUUAUUUAGUAAGUAGUUCAAGGUUUAUCUGUCAAAAUUUAUGUUUGUUAUACAUUUGUAUGCAUUGAUUUUAAAUAAGAGUUUCACUUUAGACAAUAUUUAUUGUACAUAAGAACAUGAAGCAAAGACAUAAAUUACAUACAUGAUAAGUAAGGAUUAGUGAGGUAUUAUAUUUAUACUUAUCUCCUUUUAUUUGGGGGGGGGGGUAUUUUUUAAUACGUUUUGAGUUAUGCCCCUUGAUGAAAUAGGGAUCAAAACACAGACGAGUGCAUUCGGAACUACUCGGCCAUUUUUAUCUAAAACAACCUUGGAUGUAUGCCGGGACAUCAGUAGAAGUAGUUCGUAAUUUUUUUAAAUUAUAUCAUUAAUUAGUAGUGUUUUAGCUUGUAUUUGUUGAUCUUAGUUUACAUAGAUUAUUUUAUUGCAAACAUAAUUAAAAUUCCCAAAAAUGAAAUGAUUAAGUUUAACUGCUAAAAUAAAUGACUAAGCGGUCUACUUGCAGCGGACUUAAACAAACCGAUUUCUGAGUAUGUAAAUCGUCCAUAUACAUCCGAGGUUGUUUUCGAUCAAAAUGGCCGAGGAGUUUCAAAUAAGACGAGUGUCGGCGUUCGCUCUUCGACUCUCUUGUUUGACUCUGUUGUAAAUGCUAUGAACAAAACGUGAAUAAUAAUGAGAUAAUGACUGUAACACAUGUUUACUUCUUGUAGUUUAACGUUAUGAAAUGUUCUUCUUUUGUAAUAUGUCUAUUAUAAUAUAUGACAAUUGGGUUGUCCGCUUCUCACCAGGGCGACCCGGGUUCGAUUCCCGGCCUGAGCGCAUGUGAGUUUGGUUAGUGGUCACCAAGCCGGACAAGUGGGUUUUCUCCGGGUACUCCGGUUUUCCCCACAUUCCCGGUCUCGUGCAACAUCGUGGCAACGAGAGUGACUUAGUUUAAGCUAUCAUAGCUUUCUUCACAAUCGUUGCAAAUUAUAUAAUCUUUAAAAUGUUAUAUGUAAUCCUAUCGUAUUGUCCAGUCAAUUAGCUGGAUUUUCAAUAAGUAAAAAUGUUAAUUUCUUAUAGAGUUUUACGUAAUGAAACGUUCUUCUUCUGUAAUAUGUCUAUUAUAUAUUAUCAUAUAGUAUUGUCCAGUCAAUUAGCUGGAUUUUCAAUAUGUAGCGUUGUUUGUUUUUUACAGUUUUAAGUAAAAAUAGAAUAAAAAAGUAUCCAUUUAUUCAUCCUAUGUAGUUUCAGUAAUCUGGGACAACAUAACACAUGAUUUCUAAUAUAUGUUUGAAAACAC